AUGACGGGCCGUUCGCGAGGCUUUGCUUUCCUCAACUUUGUCGAUCCGAAAGCGGUCAACACGGUCAUGGUUCGCGAGCACUAUCUCGAUGGCAAAGUUAUUGACCCGAAACGAGCCAUACCUCGACCUCAACGGGACCAGUCGGGCGGAUAUGCGCAGAACAACUACAAUAACAACAACUAUAACAACAACAACAACAACAACAACAACAACAACAACAACAACAACAACAACAACAACAACAACUAUUCUGGCGGUGGAGGGGGGGACUACUCCGCUGCAAACCAAAAGCUCUUUGUCGGUGGUCUACCUCCCACCGUCACGCCUGUCACGUUCCGAACCUUUUUCGAGCAGUUCGGAGCGCUCUCCGAAUGCACGUGUAUGAUGGAUCGCGAAACGGGCAAUCCGCGUGGAUUCGGGUUCCUAACCUACGCCGACGAAUCUUCCCUGCAUGCCGUACUCAACACCCGACCCAUCGUAUUCGAAGGAAAAGAGGUGGACGUCAAACGAGCGCAGUCGAAGAACGAUCCUCAGAGUCUGCAGAUUCGUCGACAGCAAAGAAACGACGACCCUUCCAUGGCAUACGGUAUGCAGCAGUUCGGCGGUGGCGGUGGAAGGUACAACAACUACAACAGCUCCAACGCUGCAGGUGCAUCCGGAAACAACUCAUGGCAGAUGAACCCGAUGAUGAUGGGAAUGGGCGGAGACAUGUCGCAGAUGUACCAGAAUUGGGGUGGUGGGAACGGCUGGAAUCCGCAGAUGGCUUGGCAGCAGAUGAUGGCCAGCAUGGCGGCUCAGAAUGGUGGUGCAGGCGGUGGGAUGGAUAUGAGUGCGAUGAUGGGAGAUAUGAUGGGAGGAGGGAUGGGUAUGAUGGGUGGGAUGGGGAGCAUGAGUCCGCCGUCGAACAUGAGUCCGAGUGUGAGUAGCGCCGUACCGACGGGACCUGCGAAGGGAGGAGAUGGUCAGGGUGAUCGAGCUGGAAGGUUCCAACGCGGAGGUAGUCAGAGUAGUGGAGUUGGUAGAGCUCCUCCGACUGGUCCGAGGGGUGAUCGGGAGAGGUCUCCUGGUGGCGGUGGGCACAGGAGAGAACGCAGUCCGGACCGCAGGGAUCAGAACAGGCGAUAUGAGGGACAGCGAAACAGGUAA